AUGUCUAGCCUCAAGUUAUUUUCUUGGCUUUACUUAGCCGUCGCGGCAAGCGUCUUCUCCGUAGCUUUCGGCCACAACGAGAAGCGGCAACUUCCUCCAUCCGUAGACCUAGGAUACGAAGUUCGUCACGGAAUCGUAAAUGAAACUGGCAACUACUACAUCUUCAACAACAUUGCGUACGCGCAUCAGCCGGUCGGCGAGCUGCGCUUCAAAGAGCCCCAGGCUAUCGUCGAAACCGAAGGACCACCGGACCACAGGCAUGGCAUCGACGAUGUCGUCAUGUGCCCUCAGGCUUACCCGCAAUGGGUUAUCAACCUCAUGGCAGAACAAAGCGGAAUCGACAACGUUACGUUGGGGUCUACGCUUAACAACCAAACCGGUCAGACGGAGGCGUGUCUAGUGCUCGACGUCUACGUGCCCAAGCCAAUCUUCGAGGAGGGCCCUGAUGCUAAUGCGUCCGUCCUCGUGUGGAUCCACGGCGGCGGCUUCACAUUCGGGUCUAAGGAUCUAUACGGCAACCCAGCCGGUCUGAUUGCCAGAUCUCAAACAGAUAACCAGCAGGGAACCAUAGUAGUCUCGAUCAACUACCGAUUGGGUAUGUAUGGUUGGCUAUCCGGCUCGGAUGUCACGCCAAACCUCGGACUUUACGACCAGCGUCUUGCUCUGGACUGGAUAAACGAGAAUAUCGUCUUAUUCGGAGGCAGCCCGGAUAGAGUGACGGUCAUGGGCGAGAGCGCAGGGGCUGCGAGUAUCGUCCACCAGCUCACGGCAUACGGCGCAGAGGUAAUUAGUCCAUUUCUAAAGGCGGUUAUUCUGUCCCCUGCGUUCCAAUAUAACAUCGAUCUGGAUGAGAAUUAUCUUAAAACGUUGAGGGAGGCUUCCAACCAAACCGGAUACGAAAUCGACGACGUGAACCGGCUACGUCUACUACCAGCUGAUCUACUGCGGGUUAUCAACCAAAAGACUGUUACCUCGGCACCCGUGGGUACAUUUGGCUUCGGUCCCGGACCCGACGGCUCAUUUGUGACGGAUAUACCGCAGAGGCUACUUUACCAAGGAAAAUUCGACACUACCGUUGACCUAUUCAUAAGCCAUACAUCCCAUGAAUCCGUACCCUUCCUGCCUCGAGGCAUAAACACCGCGGAUGACGUGAAGGCAUACGUACGAAAUAGCCUGCCGGCGGUCUCGGACAAGACCAUUGACAUGCUUCUUACGGAUCCGCAACUGUACCCGGAUGUGCUAGGCGGCAAGUACCCAUGGAAAACGCAGGCCGAGCGAGCAGAGCGCCUAGCCUCCGACAUCAGCUUCGCGUGCACGACGCAGUACCUAUCAAGAGCGCGAGACAACGACACGUUCAACCUCGUAUUCACGCACCCGCCCGGCUGGCAUGCCGACGACGUGCCGUACGUAUUCUUCAACGGCGACACGGGCACGUCGAAUAACAAGUCGCCCGUCGACGGACGUUUAGCAACGCAGCUGCAAGACUACAUCAUCACAUUUGUUAAAACCGGAAACCCGAACGGGGCUGGUAGGCCUCAGUUCCCGAAGUACGGACAGAAUUCGACGAUCCUAGAGCUGGGGUAUAAGGAUUUUAGGAUGGGGAUAGAUGAUUUAUGGAGUAAGAGAUGCGCAUUGAUCCAGCAGGCUAUGGUUGACGGAAGUUUGUGA